AUGUUUGCGACGCUGACCGCCUUCAACCAGGGACAUGUCCUGACAAUCGCAGCCUCGUUCAGUUCCAUUUCUCUCGUCUACAUGACGGACAUCACUAUGGCACAAAUGGCAUGGGCCCUACGCUCCAGGAGUCAGAUAUCUCUGUCAACCGAUCGUAUCGUGAACUUCUGCAUCGAAGAAGAGAAAGAGGAGAAAAAACUCUGUGACGACGACGACCAAGUAUGCCAAAGAAAAGGGGAAGUCAUCAUGAGCAACUGCUCCUUAUCCUGGAGCAAACAUAAAAACAACGGAGCGGGGCUGAGCAACGUCGACCUGCGCGUCAGUCCCGGAUCGCUGGUGGGCGUGGUUGGCUUCGUGGGCAGUGGCAAGUCGUCGCUCCUCGCCGGAAUACUGGGGGACAUGCACGUCUACGUGGGCGCUGUCAAGUGCACGGGCCGAGUGGCCUACGUUCCACAGACGGCCAACGUGCACAAUAUGAGUGUGCGAGACAACGUCUUGUAUGGCAAAUCCAUGAAUGGCGGGGACUACGCACGUGUGCUACAGGCAUGCCAACUGUAUGAGGACAUUAGCACGUUUCCCGCCGGCGACCUCACAGAAGUUGGAGAAAAGGGCGAGACGCUGAGUGGCGGGCAGAAGCAGAGGAUCAACCUGGCCCGGGCUGCCUACCACCAGGCAGACAUCUACCUACUCGACGAUCCUCUGAGCGCUCUGGACGCCGUCGUCGCCAAGAAGGUUUUCAAGGAAGUGAUCGGCAAAAAGGGCAUCCUCAGGAGCCAGACUCGGAUUAUUGCGUGCAACCAGGGGUCAUUUCUAAGACAAAUGGACAAGCUGGUCCUGGUUCACAACACGGGCAUCACAGUUUAUGACAACCUAAAGGAUCUGCUCAAUGACUCGAGGACUCCAGAAACACUUCGGCACGGAUCCGUGUCAACGAGCCCUAAUAACAAACGAAACAAAGAGAUGUAA